AUGAAUCGUUCAGACCUCAAGCGCUCGUCUUCUGAAGUCGGGCUGGAGGGUCCUCGCAGAUAUGAUCGCGGGUCCUCCGUACUCGAUAAUCGACCUCCUCCUCCGAGGAUCUCCAAGGCUCGGGCUUGUGCGGAGUGCAAACGACACAAGAUCAAAUGCGAGUUCAAAGCAGGCGAAACGAGUUGCACUAAAUGCUCAAGAAGCGGCGUCAAAUGCGUGGUCAAUGACUUCUCACAAAAGUUCGUGGACGACGAUGGGAUAUGGAAAUCCCAGGCAGCGUCUGCGAUCCACCAGCUCCAGGCGGCCGUAGGAGACCUUUUGCGGCGGAGUGGCCUUUCAGACCUCUCUACAUACGGCGCGGGUGAAAAUCAAAUCGGACCCAGUCCUGUCGCAUCCCAUCAUAACGGACUUGGCGCCUCGAUAGACGGACCGCAAGCGAGUCCAGGUCAGAACGGCCCCGGCGCUUUGUUGGAUGUGACUCGAGAACCCUCGCAAGAACCAGAUCUCCAGGGUCCAGAGCUGGUCCCAGCUCCUAUGCGCAGCCUUUACGAGGUCACCAAACUGCGGAAUCUACGAAAUAAUCCCGUAGAAAAGCCGAGGCUAACGCUACUGGAGGAGGACUUCAUCUCGCGGGGACUGAUCUCCCUCCAUGAAGCCGAGGAACUCUUCGCAUACUUUAGUCGGACGAUGAACCAGCUCUUGUGGGGAGGGAUUAUCCUUGUGCAUCGGGAUCUCACUUCGGUUCGAAGAGCAUCUACCCUGCUGUCUGCGGCCGUUCUGACCGUCGCGGCGCUUCACAUUCCCAAUCGCACGGAGACGCUAAAUCGAUGUUACAACGAAUAUGUGUCGCUUGUAUCCAGCAUGUCCCUGACGCGAAGCCAUACUCUAGACGACAUCCGUGGUCUGUGUGUCGGCGCCUUCUGGUUGUCAGAGCUUAGCUGGAAGCUCUCCGGACAUGCGGUGCGUAUAGCGACAGAGCUGGGCCUCCACCAGAGUUAUCAACGGAUGAUCCGUGGGCACAAUGAGCAAUAUGAGCGCGCGCAAUUGUGGUACCUUCUGUAUGUCUGCGAUCAUCAUUUCAGCAUUGCGUAUGGCCGACCGCCCGUCAUCCACGAGGACGUAUCGCUCAAGAAUUAUGAGACCUUCCUCCAAUCACCCAUGGUCGUUCCGGGCGAUAUUCGACUAUUGGCGCAAGCCGCCCUGUUCAUGAUCCUUACGGAGGCCUAUCGGAUGUUUGGAAGCGACACAGAGCAAGCGCUUACCGAAGAGGACUUUGGCCAGCUACGAAUCUACAACGUUGCGGUUGAUCAAUGGCGCCUACUGUGGCAACCACGGUCAGCGGAUAGCCCCUACGUCAGGACAUAUCCUUCCAAGGGAGUGGUGCUUCAUUAUCACUUUGCCAAAUUUCAACUGAACUCGCUGUCUCUACGUGGGCUCUCGCCGACGAAUACACCGGUCUUCUCCAUGGACCGCAAAGAGUCAGCCAAUAUCGCGAUCUCGUCCGCGGUGGCCUGCCUCAAUAUGGUCCUGGAGGAGCAGGAUAUCCGCGAUGCCAUUGUGGGCGUGCCCAUCUUCACCCAUACCAUGGUCACUUUCUCCGCCGUGUUUUUGCUCAAGGUGGCCGUGAACUGGAAUUCAGCCUACCUUAGCAUUGACGGCCGUCUGGUGCGCCGUCUGGUGGAGCGGGUCAUUGAGCUGAUGAACUGCGUUUCCGCGGGCGAAAGACAUCUGACACGACACAUUGCGCGCGGUCUGAGUAAGAUGUUAGAGCGGUUCGAUUCCUGGGAGAAUGCGUGGCAGACCGGUCGGCUCGUCCACGCUGGGGGGGGCCUCGUUGGAGAGUCGGGGCCUGACCAUCGACAAGACGGGGGGGAUGUCCCAGGUGGUGCGAAUGCGAUGGCACAGGGCUUCCCGCCGCCGGAUCUAAUCUACGAUAUGGUCGGGACGUAUGGCUUUGGGUUGGAUGAGAACUUCUUGGACCCCAGCAUGGCCAAUUUUGAGUUUCUGGCGCAAUGA